CAAUAAAAAAAAUAAAUUUAUAUAAAAAUUUAUCUCUUAAUUUCUUUUUAACACACUUUUGACUAUUUUUGAAAGUCACUCGGCCGCACUUUACCAGAGAUCGAUUCUUUCUCUCGAAAAGUGAAAUCUCUCGUUUGAACGAUUGCUGUGUGUAAAAGUUUACAUUUAAACGUGUGCGCGAAUUCCGUUGUUAAUUCUCGCUCACAAUCGUCGAUUAUAAAGUUGCUUUACAAACUAUAUAAAUAGUUUGAAAAUUAUCUCACAGGAUUUGCUUUUAUCAAACAUUUUGGUAUAAACAAGGGUUUUUUUUUGUAAAAGGUAUGUUAGUGAUCGAUUUCUCUUCCCGAAGAGUGUGAAACUUUGUCAACGAUAUUUAAUUGCCAAUAAUUUGCGGAUGUGCUGUUUUGUCGAGCGCAAAUGCGUUUGUUUUUUUUUUCUUUUUUUUUCCAUUCGUUUUGCCAAGGAUUUAACGAGGAUUUGUACUUGGAAAAGCGGCCAUUGCGUGACCAUUGCAUUCCAUCAGAAUUCUGAAGUCCUUUCUCGGCGGAGGAGCUCGAGUGAAACUUAAUAAGACUUAAUAAGACUUAUUUUGUCGUGUGUCAGUGAGUAAACGCGCGCGUUCUGAUCUACGAAAAAAACAAAAAAAAGCCUAAAAAGAGAUGCAUUUGUUUUUCUUUUGAAAAUACAGCAGGUUUGCAUAGCACCACGCGCACAUGGACAGCAGUGCAUUAAUGGUAUGAGUACUGACCCAAUCCGACGUCAUGUCGUGAGUCAUCGAGUAACAGUCGCAGCUGUAACCUCCACUUACCAUUAGAUCGCGAUUGCAAAAACAGACUGCGUGGAACUUCUUGUCUCGAUCCCACCGCGGCUAAUAAGACGACCGAGACCCAUCUGUUUUCGUACACUUCGAAGAGCAUUUUUGCAAACUAAAUCAUCUCAGACACGUGAUCGAAAUUGAAAAGAAAAGCGCGGAUCAAGAGAAAAUCCGUUGAUUAAUAUGUAAGAGAAGAUAUUUUUUGUUUUUCAAUUGUAUUCUUAAAAAACGUAAAAAAAUCUUUUCCCCAAGAAUAGAACAGAAAAAGAGAUUCUCUCGCAUACUGUAUGAACCACGUUUGGGCCCACUUUUCUUCUUAAUUACUUAAUAAAUUUUUAUUAUUCUCUUUCUCUUUCUUCAAUUUAUGUAGAAAUUACAUCCGUUCCACAAAAAGCGCUUCUCGAGUAGACUGCGGCGCAUUAAUGUCUUCCGGAAGGAAAGUAAGGGAUUUCCCUUUCCACACGACGCUCGUGCCAGCAAACUUCUGGUUUUUUUUUUUUUUUUUUUUCUUAAUCAAGUAACUCGCAAAUCACCGGAUGUUCGAUCAAACGACGAAAAUAAAACACACAGAUUGGUUUUUGACGUUCCAAUCCUCUUUCCUCCCAUCUGCGAAAGAGCAGCAAAAUCGAAAGAUUACCCUUUUGCUAACCCCACCGCGCGGAGUCUUGUUUAAGAGGACGCGUCGCGAUUCGCGCACCAUGUGUGCACCUUCUUUGUGCAGCUGCGAUGCGCAAACCCCCGCGGUAGAAGGAACGACAUCAUGGCGCAGGCGUUGCAUGGCUCACCACCCUCUGCCGCCGGUGCCUCUCUGCACCUUAUCUUCUCGAGUAGGGAUGGGUGGACGCGAAAACGACGGCUCCUCAGUGACAGACCAAACGCGACUCCGCGCGGUGCAACCCCCAUUAGCGAUCGAAACUUUUAUCACGUCCCUCGCGGUGUAGAUAUUUCCCUCUGUACAUACGCCCCUCCCCCCCUUUCCUCUCCCUCCCUCUCCAAGCAUACAUAUUUUUAUGUACACACAACGUACGUGCGUUUGUAUACGAUCUAUAUUUUUGUAAUAAUGCGACAAUGACGACGAGCGCGAUCAGAUGACUCUGCUGUGCCUCGAGUUACGUCCGCGAAAAAGAAAAUCACUGUGUGUACACAUAGACCAUAUACGCGCACAUAAUACAUGGUGCGAAGUUGGUAGGUUCGGUAGAGUCCACCGUUACCGAUGGGUAGGACGGAUAUGUCAAAAACGCUCAACGCCUAUAGAAUUAAGAAGAUCGAGAAUAUAGGCAGGAUGACGGCGAUGACGCAGGAGGAGAUCGUAGCUGGAGCGCGAACGGUCGCCCAAGGCUUGGAGGCUCUGCGAGUCGAGCACGGUGGUCUUCUACAGGGCCUGCAGUCGCAAGACGCUCCUGCUGCUCGGGACAAGGCUAGCCUACUUUCCAAAAUCAUAGAAAUGAUCGAUCUGGGCCUAGGCGAGGCGCAGGUGAUGCAAGCGUUGGCGAGCCAUUUGCAGAUGGUGGAAGCGGAAAAGCAGAAGCUGAGGACACAGGUGAAAAGGUUAUGUCAGGAGAACGCCUGGCUGAGAGACGAACUGGCCGGUACUCAACAGAAACUACAAGCGAGCGAACAAGCUUUGGUUCAGUUGGAAGAAGAGAAGAAGCACUUAGACUUCAUGGCCAGUAUGCGACAAUACGAUCCAGAUCCGUCUACGGAGGAUGAAAACGCUAAAGACCGGCCGAAGGACGAUCCUGUGGUUGAUCUUUUUCCUGACGAUGACGCGGACGAUAGUAAAUGUAAAUCUAUAUCUCCAACUCCACCAUCGCAAUUUGCUCAGCAAGUAAAUGCCGGUUACGAGAUCCCGGCACGCCUGCGCACGCUGCACAACCUGGUGAUCCAGUACGCGAGUCAGGGUCGUUAUGAAGUGGCAGUCCCGUUGUGCAAACAAGCCUUAGAAGAUCUAGAAAAGACCUCUGGCCACGAUCAUCCCGAUGUGGCGACUAUGCUAAAUAUUCUUGCUCUCGUAUAUCGAGAUCAGAAUAAAUACAAAGAAGCCGCGAACUUGUUGAACGACGCUCUGGCGAUUCGAGAGAAGACACUGGGCGAAAAUCAUCCCGCGGUGGCGGCUACGCUGAAUAAUCUGGCUGUGCUGUAUGGGAAACGGGGCAAAUACAAGGAAGCCGAACCUCUGUGCAAACGAGCACUAGAAAUCCGCGAGAAGGUGCUAGGUCGCGAUCAUCCGGACGUGGCAAAGCAGCUGAACAACCUGGCGCUCCUCUGUCAAAAUCAGGGAAAAUACGAAGAAGUAGAACGCUAUUAUCAACGAGCGCUCGAGAUCUACGAAGCCAAACUGGGCCCGGACGAUCCGAAUGUCGCCAAAACGAAAAACAAUCUGGCGUCCUGCUAUCUGAAACAAGGAAAGUAUAAGGAUGCCGAGGUGCUGUACAAACAGGUGCUCACUAGAGCGCACGAAAGAGAAUUCGGCGCCAUCGAUGGCGACAACAAGCCGAUUUGGCAGGUAGCUGAAGAAAGAGAAGAGAACAAACACAGGAACAAGGAGAACACACCGUAUGGCGAAUAUGGUGGCUGGCACAAAGCCGCGAAAGUUGAUUCUCCCACUGUUACUACCACCCUGAAGAAUCUCGGUGCACUGUACCGAAGACAGGGCAAAUACGAGGCUGCGGAAACUCUUGAGGACUGCGCCCUGAGAUCUCGAAGAGAGCACGUACAGCAAGCAUUGGAGUUAGUUAACAAAGCGCGAGUAGCACAACUGCUUGGCGACGAGAAAAGUUCCACAAGACGUGGUUCUCGAUCCAGUUUAGCUAACAGCGAACACGAGCAGAGCCACGACGAGGAGUGGAAGUACGCUUUUCGCGCGAAAUAAAGAGAAGUUUGUCCCGGGGGAGAAAACUGCUCGUCUGUAAUCUUGAUGUGCGAGUGAUGAGAAACGAACGCAAGACGCUCUAUCAGACACUGAUGAUGAUGAUGAUGAUGAUGUCCACUAUGUCGGAAUUGCCGUUUACAUACACGAACACACACAUUCCAGCUGCUUUUCUCUAACGAUACAUGGCACUGCGAGCUAGUUCCACGUUGUUGCUAGUUUCUCACUCGUAGCUUUUCACACGGACGAUCUCGGACAACGUGCGGGGUUAAAACAUUGUCUCGGACGCACGUACAAACGUGUUCUUUUUUUUUUUUUUGCUGAGACGUCUUUUCGGCAUGUUGUCCGGAUCGGAUGUGGCGCGAAUCGAUCUGCUGCGUUUAUCCGAACGUUUAUCUGGACGAAUGUGAGAAAUAUCGAGUAAUCCGAAUCAAAAUUCAAGGAACAUCGUGUACUCUCUCUCUCUCUUUCUCUCAUCUAUCACGCAUACGUCGAUAUUCCAUUGCGCGCGCAUAUAAAACGUUACUAACUCGGAUAUGUUCCUCGCGACUUGCAUUUUAUCAUUCCAUAUCAGCUGGAGCUAGGUCUAAUCAAAAUCGAUUCGCACGUUGUUCGCCGCAACCAAUUACUGGCUUAUCAAAUUAGUUAUUGUAUUUUUCCGCGCGUUCUUUUCAUCAUCAUCGACUGCUCGAUUGAUUCCGCGCAAUUGUACAACACCGGUUGUACAGAAUUGCACGAUCUUAAACAAUGGUUGCGUUAAAAGGUCGUACGAGGGAAACGUUAAGGUAUUCGACGAUGGUGACUAGAGAUUGUCUGUCAUGGAGCAGCUAGAGAGAUAAUGAAAAACGUUUGAUCAAAUCGCAGUUCCGUCGACCUAACUUAUUAUCCAAAGUACUCGGCUAUAAACUCCUAAAUUGUUUUUACUGUAUUUAAAUCAAAAAUCUCGUGUUGCGUUUCAAAACUCUUUUUUAGUUCUUCAAAAAAUUCCUAUCUCGUUAGUAGAAAGUGCAAUUCACGAAUCAUUAUUGAUUUGUUUUAUUUUUUUUUUUUUUUUUUAAAUUGUCGUUUAUCGUCUAGUCUAGAGUUCACAAUGCAAGAUAAGAUUUCACCUGAGAUGUAUUCUCAGAAAUUUCAGAAGACUCAAUGUUAAGACUUAACACAUCUGCUAAUUGCAUAUAAUGCUAUGAAGCAACCUAAUGAAAAAAAAAAUAAAAAUAAAAAUAAUAAAAAUCACGUUCAUCAUUUCGUUGAUGUUAACUGAGAUUUUUAAAUAUACAUAUUUUUAAAUUAAACUUGUAAAUUUUUAAUUUUAUAAAAUAAUUUAAUAUAUUGAAUAUAUAAUUAACGUCGAGGUUAAACUUGUAAGUCUGGCAAAUAAUUUGUUUGCCAGUUCGACGGUAAAAGAUUUAAAUUUAAAACUUUUUUUGGUUUAAUUGAAAUUGUGAGAUUCUUGUAUUGUGUAUAUGAAGAAUAAUUAAGAGAACACACUCAUUUUUCGUCACAUACACACACACACACACACACACACACGAGAGAACGCAAUCUAGAAAAUACAAUGCCAUUAUUACAUCUACAUCGAACAAAAGAUUUUUCUAAGAGAUCUAAGAUAAACGAUGCUUUUUUAUUCAGUGUGAAUAAUGUGACGAAAAGUAUAACGUCCACAAUAAUGUUCGUGUGAACUAUAUUACUGAUUCGAUAUAUCGAACGAAUACAUCAUACGUAGGUAACGUUUUAUCAUAUACGCGAUGUUGCAUAAUCUUUAGUGGAGCUUUCGAAGCGUACUGUAGCUCUCAGGUGCAAAUAUAUUGUUAUUUAAUGACAUACGUAUAUUACAUGUAUAAGAGCUUUGGUUUAUAAUAAAUAUUUCCACUUGUAUCCUCACUGGUUUUUUUUUUACCUGUGUUGUAAAAAACAGAAGAGACGCGAAUAUAGUAGAUUGUAAAAAGAUUGAUAAAAAGAUAUGUCCAGGCUUUAAAACCAAGAUUCUUCGGGUUCUUGGCAUUCACUCGUCAUCUGCAUAAAUUAAGCGGACUCUGCGCGUUCCUGUUGCGACAACAUAUUCAUAUUUCUGCAUCCACAGUUUGUUUUGUAUUUUGCAUUUACUUUAUUUCUCUCAAACGAUCCACAUGAACUGCAAAUAAUAAAUAUGUACAUUUG